CAACAAGCUACGAACGUUUACACCCAUGUAUAGAAACUUUACAAACCCGAGCGGUAAGCCCAAACUGGGCGAUAAAUGUUACGCCGAUGUCUACACUGUCAUCUGCGUUCUAAAUAUCGUGUGUUCGUUGACAGCAUCUUUGGGGAAUUUCUUAGUUCUCGGUGCAGUUUGGAAGACACGAAUCUUACACAAGCCGACGAAUUUGCUCGUCUCUGGACUCGCUGUGUCUGACUUGGGAGUCGGAGUUCUUAUUCAGCCAUUAUUCACUUUGUUUUUGAUUUUGGAAAUGAGAUCAGAGGAAUUUAUUCCAGAUAUGUGGAAGAUCUUUAGAUCCAUACAAGCCGUUUUUCAGUCUGCGACUGUUCUGAUUCUAACUUCGAUCAGCGUAGACAGAUUUCUCGCCCUUCAGCUGCAUUUAAAGUACGUUUCCAUGGUUACAAUUAACAAGACAGCCACCUUACUGUGUUUUAUAUGGGUUACAAGCGCUUUCUGUGCGAUGACGGUUUUCAUCGACAAUAAUUUAUAUCGUAACUUUAUAAUCACGCUUAUACUGUUGUGUCUCGUGAUAAAUUCUUCCAUGCACUUCAUGAUCUAUCGCAUUUGUCACCGUCACCGAGUUCAGAUUCAAGUUCAAAUACGAGCACAAAACGGACUAGAAACUCUUAAUAUCAAACGCUACAGGAAAUCUCUUAUCACCAUGAUUUUCUUGUUUAUUUUACUCAUGGCGUGUUAUCUUCCUUAUAUUUGUAUGCGUGCUGCUGUGAACUUCAUCCAUUGGUCCUUACCGUUCAGGAGGUUUGUGAUGAGGUGUACGCUCUUUUUGGUUUACUUGAAUUCUUCGCUAAAUCCGCUGGUGUAUUGCUGGCGCAUGAGAGAGAUGCGUUCCGCUGUGAAGCAGUUUUGGAAAUCUCUUCACCCGUGAGAGUGCUUUAAGUCACUCGCUGUCGCCGCAGCUGGUAGAAUUAACUUUAAAAAAUGACAAUGGAAAAUAGAAAUAAAAUUAGAUGAAUAAAUACUCGGAGAACGUGAAAGCGCAGGAAGUUAUGGCCCUGUCUACGUGGGUGAAUGAUAACACAGUGGUCAAACGUCUACGCAUGUGCAAACGUUUUAAUGACUUUGAUUAUAGGAACACAGUGGCAAAAUGAGUGCGCAUGCUUGUAUCACACGAGAACAUAUAUGCGUGUAAAGGGAUGGGAGCGACAAUAUUUCCAUAGUAACACUGUCGAGGCAAAAUGGCGGCAUUUUUAAAAUUCCCAUUCCUUGUUUUCAUUUUGCGGGGAUAAGCCCAAACCAAAACAGAUAAGGUUGCAGUUUUCAGGAAAGUUUCUGUCGAACAUCUUCCGUCAUAUAUCUUACUCAACAAAAAAAGGUGUUGCGGGAACAGAUAAGAAUUUAGCGGCUCAAGUAGAGUAUCCGUAAUAUUGUCAUCGUCUCCUCUCAGGAAAAACUCCCUGGAGAAGAAGUUUGUUGUAUCAGCAAAAACCUUGCGUCAGCUUUGUUCGCAAAGGAAAAGUGCUAGCCCUGAGCAUGCGGAGCAUGCGCACCCAUUUUGCCGCUGUGUCAACAAGAGGAAGACUAGAGAUGACUACACUGUCACGACCGGGUUGUUCUACACAAGCUGCAAAUGACCACUCAAGCCAGUGGAUCAUGGUAUUUUUAAACUUCAAAACAGAAUGGUAAAUUAUCAGAAUACUCUUGCUUAA